AGUGUAUGCGCAGGGCAGGUGGCUAAGGCGCGUGCGGUGCAUGUUUCUUUGUGCGCCAGCACCUGCCAGCUUGCGCCAGGCCGCAUUCGCGCAUUCGACGCCGUAACGUUCGCUUCGCGCUGCUCUGCUUUGUUAGUAGAGAAAGAGGAGAAAGAAAAUUUACUAUUUAAGAACAAUUUAGGAGCGAAGAAAUUUUAUAUUUUCAUCCCUAAAUCUAUUACCUUCGUAAUCGCCUUACAUUUCUAUUGAAAAGAUCGAAGCAGGAAAUACAACAGCAGAAAGGAGGAUGACGACUAUUCAAAGUUCUGCUACGGUACCGCCCCAUCUCGGGUCUUUUGUAGACCGUCAAAUUGAAGCAGCCUUAUUAAGAAGAGCUUCCCCUAUCGAUGAUAAGGGCGCAGAUUCCGAUUCCUCUGGUGGUUCCAGAACCCCGCAGAGGCGUCUGCUCCAAGAUCAUUGGUUUGAACAAUUCCCUUGGCUGGAAUUAGACCGGGAACAGAAUUUAUUUUUUUGCCGCUUCUGCGUAUCGACGGGAAAGGAAAAUGUAUUUACCAAGGGUAAGCCAUUGGAAAACCCUAAAAAAGACCACUUUGUCAAACAUCAAUCGUGCGGCGAGCAUUUAAAGGCGGAAAUUGACUAUGCUCAUGCUAAAUCAGCUGUCGAUUCCCUCCCGUUGACACCAAAUACAAAUGACUCUGGAUCAGAAAGUCAGACAGAUAGUCCCGCACCAAAAAGGCGCCGACAAGAAACAAGUCAGACAUCCCCAGCCAAGUUGCAACAAAAUCAGUUGGCCGCUCAAUUAUUCGCAAUGCAAACUGACCCUGCUUUCCUUAUGCAACAGUAUGUGGCCGCUCUCUAUGGACUACAAUCAGGGCUUUCUUUACCGUCUCCAAUGGCAGUAAAAAAGGAGGAAAAAACUAGAAUGAGAGGUUCGUCAAACAAAGAUGGAAAGCGACGAUUCCAAGAAUAUUGGUUUGACCAAUUCCCAUGGUUGAAAUUAGAUCCUGGUACUCAACUAUUCUUCUGUAAGUACUGCCGUGAUACGGGUAGGAACAAUUCAUUUGCCGAAGGGAAGAAAAUAGUCAAGAAUCCUAAAAAGCAUCAUUUCGUUCAACAUCAAAUGACCGCCGAUCACCAGGGAGCAGUUGCUGCUUUAGGGCUACCACCGGAUAACAUUAAGAAUAUUGUCAAGAAAAGAAACACGGACAAGUCCUUUACUUCGUUAAUUCAUCAGAAACCCAGCGUGCUUAAUACGCCUACGCCAUCUCCUCCUCCCACGCAAGUUCCACUCGAUUUGACUAAUGUUCGUCCAAGUUCUGAGGAACUUCUUAUUUCUUGGAAGAAAGAAUUUUCAUGGCUUCAGCCGGUUGCUGGAAGAAACGCUGUAGUUUGCAUAAUCUGUAAGCAAUUCGCUCCAGCAACUUCCACUUCGGCUUGGUGCAAAUUCGUAACUGUGCCUUCUUCAAAAGACAGUUUAUAUUCGCACGAAAACUCUGAGGAACAUCAACAAGCCGUUCAAACCGCGAGCUAUCCAAGUUUUUUCAAACGUCAAUUCAAUAGCACUCUUAUUUCAGACUGUGGUUCUGAUACAGAUUCAGUUCAGAGUAAUGAUUUUGAAGGGCAUAGACAAAGAGCUCAUAGUCGUAAAACAAUUUCUAAAUGGUUAAAAGCAUACUCGUGGCUGAGACAUAACGCUGAGAAGGAUCUGUACACGUGCUCUGUAUGUAAGGAAGGGGAAUGGGCUAAAGGUAUCGAAGCUUUCAGAAUUGAACGUGAAAACAUAGUCAGACACGAUGAGGAAGAAGUUCAUCGUAACCAAAAAAUCUCCUUGAAAAAGAAAAAUUCCAUUCUUGACGAUUUACUAGCACUGAAAUCAGCGUGUCAGUCGUCAGAAUCUCUUCCUAGAGUGGAUUGGUUUAUGGAAUUUAAUUGGUUGCAAUUAUCUCCUGGAUCUAUCCUUCAUUGUCGAUUCUGUAAGAAUGCUGAAGAGCAAAAUGUUGAAGAUGAUCUUUCAGGUACCGGUCUUCCUCUAGACUCUGCCGAUCGCAUUACAUUCGAAAUUCAUGAACAAUCCGAUCUCCAUAAAACACUUAUUGGUCUCAAAGCCGAAUCUAGCUAUGAAGAUUUGCCUGACAGCGCCAUCUGCUGAAUGUAAAGCAAACUCCCUCCCUUCUCUUUCGUUCUGGUCAGAACUUUUUAUUUCGUAUGACUUUUUCCUUUAUCCUAUUUCUAUUAUUUGUUUCUUUAUUAUUGAAUUCUUGCCUUUGUUGUCUCAUUUUUUGUGCCGCUUAGUUUGUUAGCUAUUUUAGGCCUAAUUUAAUAUUUAUUACGUAAAUUGAGACUUUAGUAUUUAUGUUAAGAUUUAGAUUUUUUUUUGUAAGACCUUUUAGUUUCGAGUUGUGCUUGAAAAGAAAUUGUUUGUUAAACCAGAUUUGUGCUUGAAUCUCGUGUUCUUCCAGGGCGAACACUUGAUCGACUUAUGAAGUCGAUAAUCGAAUACCUGUCUCUUGUUUUAACUAUAGCAGAAUAUAUACAUUUAUUUAUAAGAAUAUGUUAAGACUGUGUACUAGGUGCUCUAUAUGCAUAGUAUCCUAUUAAGAAUAAACAUAUAUCAAGAAUUAUGUCGGUUAAUCGUUUUCAAAGUCCGGAUAAAAUCUUGUGAUUUACUAAGUUAUUCACUAACACGUUCCAGAAAAAAGAAUAUUACUGCUCCUUUCAAUGAAUUUUUUUCAGCUUUUUAGUAAGAAUAAAAAAAUAAAGAACUUUUUUUACUUUCCAGACAAAAAAUAGAAUGCUUUAUUCUGGAAAAUUAAACAACUACACCUGAACGAUAUUAUGAACAUUUUGUUCCUUUUUCUGUUUACGUGUAUAGUGUAUACACAUCACGAAUAAUCACGACAAUUGUUUCCUAAAGCUAAAAAAAGCAGAGAGAAUGACAAAAGAGAAUGUAAGCAAAAAAUUGACCCUAUACCACGCAAAACAAUUCUUAUGUACCUGAAAUGUUUCUAUACACAUACAUUCAUUGCCUAAGCUGAGCCGCUUCGCUCUGCAUUCACUUAAUUCAUAUUCAAGUAGACCGAGUAAAACUCUAAAGUUGAAAACCGGGUUUGUCAAGUGGAGGUGAAACGUGAAAAUCUGAGGGUAAGCUAAAGGGAGAUGCAGACUUUAUUGUAUUUCCUCCGUUCUUUUCUUCAAGUUUCAACUAUUUAGAAGUAGUAGAUGCGAGACAGCGGCUUAAUAAAGUGGUAAUCUUCGAUAAAACAAUGAGGACACUUGGUCGCGCGGGAAUAAUCGGAGAAAAAGUGGAGACUAUUUCCUUUAUCCAGAACUGGUUGCAUACAACGAUUACAAGAUGAUCUCUGUUCGCAGCACUGAUCAGCUGCGAAAACGUCGAAUGUGUACAUGGUGCCCAAUUGAAGGGAGCGGCCAUUCCAUAUUUUUCGGCAAUUUUGGCAUCUUAUGUCACCUUGAAGGCAUUCCAAACAGACAGCGCAGAGAUGCGACUUGCCAUUUUUCCAAGUGACUUCGUUGGCGCAAGUUCCAUAGCGGUAUGGAGUAAGAAAAAGUGUUCCAUCGAUCAGAGGGUACUGAUCGAAAACCGGUAGCGAUUUCGAACACAAAACGCAGCGUAGAGUUGUUACGUUCAAUUUGGUUAGAGCGCAGAGAACCAAUUUACGAAUGCCAUCGUUUCCGUGAGGACCUUCGUCUUCUAGUUUUAUGUGGUAUGAAUUCUGUUGAUCCGUAGGCAAGCUUUCAAACGCGUCUAAGCUUGUACGCCGUCGGAAGAUAUUUCCAGCAGCGGCGUGCUCCUUAUCCAAGAAAAAGUCAAAUUUUCCAUUGACAGGGGAAGGGGGAGAAGUACUAGCUGACCCACCGCUGGACAGACUUUCUGUUCUUGGUCUAAUAACCGAAGAGGCUGAUUUAUGUCGACGUUUUCCGGAAGCAGCUUCGACUUUAGGAGCGUCUAGAUCCUUUCGAAUAUGGCCGCGUCCGCACAAGCACUGACACGCCUUGUACACAAGAUCAUAACCUUUUUUAGUCCAAACAUUUUGUUGUUUUUGUUUCUCUGACCAAUUCCUUGCCCUUGAACAGCUCCUAAGAAUCGUUAAUGCGCGUUGUUCGAAUCCGUCAAAACAGUCAGCAUGCAUCCAUCGUCCAUACUGACAUUGUUCAUUACUGCAGACAAUUCGGACGGCAUUUUUUGGUUGAAAUUCGUCGAUCUCUCUGUCAACUUGUGCACAUCCCGAUGGGAGACAACACUUAAAAUGAGUUUGGUGGCCGUUGUGUUGUUUAUUAGGCAUUUUCACAGUUUUCUCAGCUGAUUUCUUUCAUAGUAGUGCCGUUCGAAUGAACACGGCGGUGCCUAGACGUUGUUUACCAAAAUCGCGCACCAUUCACGACCAAGCUUACAACAGCACUUUUGUAACGCGCACGCUGAUUGGCUACAGAUACUCGGCUAAUGUAUACAAACAUAUCGAUUAUACAUAGGUCGAAUUAGGUCAAGGUCUAUUUCUCUGCAACAUGGAGUUCCAGAUAUAGGAUAAAUUUUUAAUCUUUCGGUUUUUUAUCGAUACGCGGCGUUCAGACAGUUAAUUGUUGUAAAUGAAUUUUUAGAAUCGGUUUAUUUUAUUACUAUUUUGUUCUGUAAAAAGCGGACUCAUUUUUUAAUUACUAAUACGCGGACGUGAUACAACUACGUGCUGACGACGUUUUUUAUUCUGAGAAUUCUAGACCACUGACCGGAUUCGUCCGGAAACAGGGACUAUAAACAGCACGGUGCUGCCAUCUCAAUCAAACAAUACAAAAGUUCAAGUUGACAUUUUGAUCCAUAUCCGCUUUAUUCACCAUUCUUUUGAACUAUUCGUACUUCGAUUGCUUCGUCCCUUUGUUCACCUUCUGCUUCAUCGUUCUGUUGCCUGAUUAGCUCUGUAUUAUCGUCUUUUUCUGCCACUGAUAAAAACAAUUAAUUCCAAUUAAUAAUGUUCUAUUUUUAUCGUAUUUGCUCAACACACAAAAUACAAUAUGUAUAUUGAUACGAUUAAUACACGCGCGAGAGUAAUCCGUAUGUUGCUAUUAAUACUUAUAAUAAUAAAUAUAGAAAAAAUAAUAAAUAAUGAAAUUUCUAUUUAACGGACCAGGAUUUUCUUUCACGUCUUCAUUUCCUUUUUCAUCCGAAGUUGCUUCCUCUUGUUUAGUCUCUUCUUCUGUUUCCUCUUCCGGUUCAACUACAGUUCUCGCUUUGGCACUACUUUGGCGGGUUGAAGGUGCAAUAUUACUGGGUGUUGGUUGCCUUGGAAUCUAUGUGCAAAUCAUCUUGUUUACUUAAAUAGAGUUCAAAAGUGUAAAAAGAAUUAUGCAUUUAUUUUAAUGAUAUUGAAUUGAACUUACUUUGACGCGCCUUGCAGAUGGGAUUCUUUGACUGUGAGAAUGAAAUAGACAAAGUGACUUGUGUGUACAUUGGCACGUACGCCAAAAUUCUAAAUCUACUAGGACAUACUCUAGACAAAUAUCAAGAAUAUAAACCUAAAUAUCACGUGAUGUAUCUACUUUCUAAAUCACGUGAUGAUGUGCAGAAAACUAUAUAAUAAGCUGUGCGUGCUAUUUGCUAAUACGGUUAAAGCGCUACAUUUAGGAAUACUGCUUUAUCUCCAUUCGAUAGCUUCAGAUUUAACGGUAGAUGGCGCAAUGAUCAGCGAUAUUUACAAUACUUGGCUUGAAUAAGUAAAAGAGCGCCUUAGUCGUUGUAGUAAUGAUUAUAUAUAUAUAUACUAAAAUAUAAAGAGAAUAUCUAUACCUAAACUGUUUACUUGCACAAAUGGCUCGAAGCUUUUCCAAUUCGCUUUCAUCAACAGAAAAUUUCGUUUUCAUUCCCAAUUUCAUCCCGCACAUGACGUAUCUAUUAUCCACGCGAUGAGACUGUAUCUAGAACAGUAUUCAUUCAUAAUUAUUAAUGUUACUGUUUAAUGAGUGAUUUGUAGUUACUAGAAAAGGGGCGGGAAUAUGAAAAUGUAGCUAAAUCUCAAUAUAUCUUAAUACGUUAAAUAAUAAAUAGAAAUCGUACAUAUGAAAACUUGCGUACAUCAGACGGAAGUAGUUUGUAGUUAGUAUCUACCUGGGCUGAUCUCAUUAAGGCCCUGGUAACAGCUCUCUGUUUUUGUUCCGUUUCGAACCUGUGAGCUUGGGCUGACUGAUUGCAGACUGGACUUUCUUUUAACAUUAAUUGUCCAGAAGUGAACGUUGAUGAAGAUUUUGCUGAGGCAGUUCUCGAUGAAAAACGCCUUGAGGAAGAGACUCUGCUGCUACUGGUUGUUUGCGUUAAAUGAUUAAGUUGGUCGGUUGAUGGAUUAGUUCAGGUUGAUUGGCGUUCGAUCAAAGCUCGAAUUGGAUGAUUAAUAGCAAUUAAAUACCUUGGGUCCGUUAAACGUGGUGCUGUAAAUGGUCGUACUCUGUCCGAAUGUUCUUCCGGAUGAUCAAUGGUUAUCUGUAAUAUUAAUUUCUCGUUGAAUUCACUGAAUAGUCUUGAAUCAAUUCAAUUAAAAUAAUGUUCAUAAUUUUCUCCUUUCUAUGUUUUGGUAAACUUACUGGCACAAUCAUAUCUUUAAUAUAUUUAGGUGCGGCUAAUGAACUUUGCAUUCCCGUUGGGAUUCUCUUCUCUGAGGGGCUCCUGGGACUCGCAGACAGUGGAAAUUGGUGCAAUAAACGCAUAUUAUUGGAAGUUUUUAGGUCUAUUCUACGGGAAGAGGCGUUAUUUAAAAGUUGAUUAGUAGAAUAUGACGUCCUUGGUUUAAGAAGCGGUGACACGAAUUCUGGGCCGCCGGUCCAAACAGAUUUUGGCGUGGGGAAAGGAAAUACGUAGCUUUUCUCCAUUCUCUAGCAUGUUUCGAACGUUGUCGACAAUAAUAUCGAUAGUAACGGUGGCUUAUUAAUCAAUAAACUAUUAGAUUAUACUUAAGAUGGCGUUAGUUACAAUUGGUCAAAAAAAUAGGACUAAGCAAAAUGAAGAAUAAACACAAUCUCUCACCAGAUUGUUUCAACUGUCUACACGACCUUGGAACGAGUACUUUACUAAUUUAGUAACAAAGUUUUUGUACUUGAAAAACUUUAUCGAAGGAGGCAGCGUAAUCUAAUAGAAAUGUGUCAAAGUUUUAUAGAUACCGUCUUAAUUCUUUUUAUUAAUACAAGUUUUAUUUUAUACUCUUUUGAUUAUUACAAAUCAUUCAGAGAAAUUUAUAUAUACAACACAUUCCUUAAAUUUGGUUAUAAAAAUCUCUAAUCAAUUAUAAUUGAAUAUCAAUAACGGAGAGAUAAAUAGCUAUUAUGAAUAUGAAUUGAUAGAAAUAAUAAAGGAAAAAUCAUGAAGGAAAAUUCAAUAUCGUCUAUCUGCUAAAUAUAGCCAAAAAAUAAAUAAUAUAUUGGCAAUCUUAAGAAGUUAAAAAAAAAAUGAGGAAAUACAAUUUGUCUAAUAUUGAAAAUAGACGUUUUGAUAAAGAAGAGAAAAUGAAAAUAUUUUCAUAAGGAAAUACUUAAAA